CUAACAACUCAAGGGCAGCAUCCCACUGUGCCCUGCUCCAAACCACCCUCCUUUCUUUGCAUGCACUACACCCACUUCCUGCAGCUAUAUAUACCACCCUAUGCCUCAUCCACCAUAGACAAGAGAAGUGAACAAGCAAGUGCCAUCUCCCUUCUCUUACUUGUAACAGUGCGGCAAAGGUUAGUCACUUACAUGGCGACUUCCAUGGGUUGCAUCGUCUUGCUCUGCCUGGUUUCUCCCCUCCUCCUCGCCGGUGCCGUCCGUGGCGACCCAUGGGGCGGCUUGUUCCCGCAGUUCUAUGACCAUUCAUGCCCCAAGGCGAAGGAGAUCGUGAAGUCCAUUGUGGCACAGGCUGUCGCCAAGGAGACCAGGAUGGCGGCAUCCUUGGUCAGACUGCAUUUCCAUGACUGCUUUGUCAAGGGGUGCGAUGCAUCCGUGCUGCUGGACAACAGCAGCAGCAUAGUCAGUGAGAAAGGGUCCAAUCCCAACAUGAACUCCCUCAGGGGAUUUGAGGUGGUCGACCAGAUCAAGGCUACCCUCGAGGCCGCCUGCCCCGGCACCGUCUCCUGCGCCGACAUCCUCGCCCUCGCCGCCCGGGACUCCACCGUGCUCGUUGGUGGCCCAUACUGGGACGUGCCGCUCGGCCGGAGGGACUCGCUGGGGGCAAGCAUACAGGGCUCCAACAACGACAUCCCAGCCCCCAACAACACCCUCCCCACCAUCAUCACCAAGUUCAAGCGCCAUGGCCUCAAUGUUGUCGAUGUCGUCGCUCUCUCCGGUGGUCACACCAUAGGUAUGUCUCGGUGCACCAGCUUCCGGCAGAGGCUGUACAACCAGACGGGCAAUGGCAUGGCUGACAGCACGCUGGACGUGUCCUACGCGGCGCAGCUCAGGCAGGGGUGCCCCCGCUCUGGCGGUGACAACAACCUCUUCCCCUUGGACUUCGUCACCCCAGCCAAGUUCGACAACUUUUACUUCAAGAACCUCCUGGUCGGCAAGGGCCUUCUCAGCUCUGACGAGGUCCUUCUAACCAAGAGCGCUGAGACAGCAGCACUCGUAAAGGCAUAUGCUGCUGAUGUCAAUCUCUUCUUCCAGCACUUUGCACAGUCGAUGGUGAAUAUGGGCAACAUCUCACCACUGACCGGGUCACAGGGUGAGAUCAGGAAGAACUGUAGGAGGCUCAACAACAACCACUGAGGGCAUUGAGGUUUCUUUAUGUGCUGAACUGUAUGUGAUGUCGGUGACAUAUUUUGUUUAAAUAAGCAAGCAUGGCUGUUAUUUAUCAAGGUUGUUUGAUAAUUUGUGUUUUUAUGUAAUCACAUUGUAAAAUGUGUAUUUAUUAAUAAUUCAAUAUAUAAUAUGAGUUCAUUUGGUUGCUAGAA